CUUCAUUUACAUACAACAUACUCAUCUGGCACUGCUCAGACAAGAGACUGAAUAUAUACGUCACUAAUAUCAGCAUUUUCGUUCGAGUUCCAUCUUUGUGGCAGACAUCAUUUGCCCUACUCGGCACACAAGCAUUGCACUGCUAAAGCACUUGCAUUGCCAGGCAAAAUCAUUGCCAUGGUUCGAGCGAUCAAUCUUAUGCCACCUGCAGGGCGGCGGGUGCCUGGAAGCAAGUCCAGAGAAAGUUACCCCUCUCCACUUCAAAAUUACUUUCCAAACACAACACACUCUGGCUUCGUGACCACAUCACGAGAGUUGGUCAUCUUUCCUGAAUCCUGUACCACAUCCUUUUCCCCUUCUCUCCACUCUCAUUAUUCCCCGUCUGCCCACUCCUCACGCAAUCAACAGAGCACACAACGAGAACAGACCAAACCCUAUCAUUUUCAAGUUUCUUUACUCGACAGGGUAUUUUGUUCCUAUCCUACACUUCUACUUCAAAUAUUACAUCUUCUUACCUUCAAGAUGGUUCGUACCUUGCACAUGAGCCACCGCCACCCCUUGACCGUGGACAUGUUCGAGAGGAACGACUAUCUGCGUUUCGACCUCGAGCACCCCCAACAGGCUGUGAUCGUACCUACAAAAUACAACAGCCGUGCCAAGAUGGAGAGAGAUGUCGACGAGAUCGUCGCCAAGAUGAAGGAAAGUCGCGAGCGUUUCGGGGUCAUGGGGCGAGACAAGAUCCUUAACCAUGGACAUGUCAGAUCCACCAUCUCGACCGCCACCAACCUCGUGGACUCCAUGCAAAUCAUCGUCAAGAGGUAUUACUUCGACAGAGAAGAGGGAUUGCGCAUAAAGCAGCAGCGCGAGUAUGCUGCUAUUGAAGAUGCUGGCAUGUCCAAGCCUUUUAAGCAUGCUGCAAUUGCUAUUCGCUACAACAUGGACCUCCGCGAGAAGUGGUUCGCUUUCAAGAUGUCUCAACGCGGCCGUCAGCUCGAGGACGGUCUAGAGAAGCUCAAGCGCUACAGUGCUGAGGCACUGUUCGUUUCUAAUGGAAACGAACCGCAUUGGGGAUCAACCCUCACCUGAGACCCUCUGCCGCUUCAAGAUAUCCGACACAGACGCCCAUCUACCUAUGGCCUAGAGCCCACUGGAAAUUUGUCUGUUCAGAUAUAUCCAGCUUGAAGUAAGUCUAAUCGUGUCUGUUGCCUCUUCUUCAUACUUAUUCCAUCCAGGGAUCUCACUUGCGGGAUCUAUUGAGAAUGAACAUUUUGGGAGCAUAUCGAACAGGGACUACGACAAUGGAUUUCGUACUGUAUACCAUAGGCGUUUGACGACAGACCCAUGGAUUUUAAUUAAUUGGAGGGAUCGGCACGGGUACGCACAGUAAUGGUUAUUUUGGAGUUGCUAUGCGUUUGUUUGUGUUUACAUCUCAAGGGAAUCAACGUUACCAGUAGUAUUUGUUGCUACGGCACUGGUACAGCUACGCAUUACGGAUUACGAUUUACGGAAUAUUCAUCAGGGACAUGAGAAAUACUAUGAAGGGCAUCGAUGUUAAUAC